AUGCACGCGGGCGGGCGAUCGUCAAACCCUGAACCUUGGUCUGUGGGAACGAACUUUGUAGCCGCGACGCAACCAGGACCAGUUGCAACACUUACAAGGACUCCUUUGAAAGCAACCACCUUGAAGACAAGCAUCACCACAAGGCAGCUUCCUCGCUUCACGCACCUUUCCGGGUUCACUUCAACACCCCCACAUUUGGCCAGGAUGGCUCCCCGCCGAAGCGGCAAGCAGGGCGGCGCCAAGGCGGGCAAGUCGCAGCAGGUGAGCGUGGCGGUGGAGGGGGAGGAGCAGCUGCAGGAGGAGCUGGCGGGCAUGCGCCUGGAGGACAAGGCGCCAAAGCGUACCACCCCCCAUGAGGCACCCAAGAGCAGUGCCAGCAGCUCCAAAGGCCCCCAUGGCGGCCUAGUGGGAAAGGCCAGGCUGCAGGCGGCCUUCUACCCCAAGUUUGAGAAUGAGUCAUCAGACCAGGCGGUGCGUGACCGCAUGCUGGCCAUUGUGGCUGCUGGGAAGGGCGUGCUGGAGGUGUCCCAGAAGCACUCGGGGAGCCUGUUCAUGUGGUCGGGGGGCAGCCGCGGCUUCGCCAAGAACAGCUGGGGCAACGAGUACACCGCAGUGGGCCUGUUUGUGGUGGCGCGCACGCUGCGGGACGCGUGGGGCGCCCAGGCAGACACCAAGAUGCAGGAGCUCAACCAGCUGCUGCAGGCGCGCAACCUGUGUGUUGCCAUGGAGCUGGUGACGGCGGUGCUGGGGGACCACGGGCAGCGGCCCAAGCAGGACUACGUGGUCAUCACCGCCAUCUCCGAGCUGGGAGGGGGUGUGCAACCCCGCUUCUGGGCCACCCCCCAGAUCGUGGAGUUUUGCCGGCAGUGGCGGCUGCCGACCAACCAGUACUGGCUGUUUGCCAGCACGCAGUCCGCCGGCACGUACUUUGAGAUCUUUGACAUGAUCGGGGAGGAGGGCACCGCCAGCGAGGUCACGGAGAGCAUGGACAAGAUUGCCGACGUUGCAGUGCCACCUACUGUGGACCACCGCGUGGUGCAGGGCGAGAUCCUGGAGGGGCUGGUGGUGCGCCUAGUAAGCCCGCGCAGUGUGGACCAGCUGCGCCGCGUCAUCCACGACCACCCGCUGCCCGACGCCCCCCCGGCGGCGGGGAAGGGCAGGAGCCUGCGGGACAUCUACGGGGACGCCAGCUUGAAGGAGAAGCAGCGGUUGGAGGCCCUGCUGGCGGCGUGUGGGCCGCACAUGGUGCCCAGCCCGCACGACUGGGACGACUCCUCUUACGACCACACCACCGACGCGCGCGCGACGGUGCCUGAGACCAACGCUUUCAAGACCUUCCUUUCGGCCCGCCCCGCUGACUACACAACCACAAAACUCCAGGAAGUGUUCCAAGUGGUGCAGGGCCGCCGAAUGCGCGUGCGCUUCAAGGCGAAGACCCGCCCGCUGGAGGAGGACGUCCCGGGCACCCCGGCCGGCAGCUUCGUGCUCACAGUGCACGUGCUGCAGGACAGCGUCUUCACCAAGUAUCAGUCCGAAAUGAGGAAGCACGCGGACCUGUGGCCGCUGUACCGGGGCUUCUUUGUGGACAUCACGCUCUGGGAGCCGCAACAUACACCGCCCACUUUCAGCACGGCCAGCGGACCGCCAACCGACGAGGCCGGCACGUCCGGCGCUGGCGGCGCGGGGGUGGCGGAGGACGCAGUGGAGCCACUGAUGCUGAAGAUGAAGUUUUUACCGUACAAGCUGCGCACGUUCAUGAUCCGCAACGGCAUCUCGAACCUCUUCAACAAGGGCAAGGCCGACUACAAGGCCUACAUCCAAAGGCAGAUCCGCAAUUGGGGCCACACCCCCGAGAAGGCCCGAGAGAUUCAGGCGUUUGCGGCGGCGUGGGCGGACUACAUUUUGAAGAAGCGCGGCGCGGCAAACAAGCUGCCCGACUCAUCGUACCUCACCGAGGCGGAGCCCUUCCUGGCGGCGUACAUGCAGAGAGGGGAGGCUGAGCGCAGGCUGGUCGGCGCCGCUGACGUCAGCACCGUGGGGGUGACGUACGGGCACGUGCCCAGCGCGCUGGCGGAAGAACUGGAGGACCACAAGGACGAAGUGGUGCGCGCGGGGACGGCCGUGGAGGCGGGCGACGACGAGGCGUCGACGUCAGGGUCCGUAGCCGUCCCCCCCCGCGAGGUGAUCAUCUUCUUCCCCGGCAUGCCCGGCUGUGCCAAGAGCGCGCUCUGCAAGCACCUCCUCGGGACGGACCUCGAACGGCCCAAGCUGAGCGUGCCUGCGCGUGCCUGGAGCAGCGGCAAGCGCGUGGCCAGCAUGAUGGGCGACCUGACGCAGGGCAAGUACUGGAAGCUGUUCGCCACGGAGAAGAACAAGGCGCCGGGCGUGGUGGCGGUGGCGGACAAGAACGCGCCCAACCGCGAGGUGUGGGACGCCGUGGAGGACCUGUGCACGCAGAGCGGCGCGCUCGCGGUGCCCGUCGUGCCCGACUCGGACGGUACGGACACCAACCCGUACGCGCUGGACACGCUCGCCGUGUUCGCGCAGCGCGUGCUCGCGCGGGAGGGCCACCCAGGGAAGCUCGACAAGAACUCGCCCAACGCGGGGUACGUGAUGCUGCUGUUCUACAACUUGUACGAGGGCAACAGCCGCGCCGAGUUCGAAUCGGAGCUGCUCUCGCGCUUCGGCACGCUGGUCCGCAUGCCCGUACUGCGCCCGGGGCGGCCCCCCCUGCCGCCCGCGCUGGAGGCGGUGCUAGAGGAGGGCCUCGAGCACUAUGCGGCGCACGCGGCCAAGUUCGGCAAGUGGAAGAGCAGCACCGACGUCAAGGGCGAGCCGCGCGCCAAGUGGGAUGCCUGGGAGGCCAAGCUGCGCGCCGCGCUCGAGGAACACGCCGACUACCUGCAACAGAUCCAGGUUCCGUUUGCGGAGGCAGUGUCGGCAGUGGAGUCGCAGCUGACGUCCGUCCUCGCCGGCCACUACACCCCCCCGGAGCCCACCGGGCGGUCCGAGCGGGUGACUGCCAGCAACAAGACGCGGGCCGUCACAUUUGCAGCGGUCAAGGUGCCGCGGGAACAAAUCGUUGAGGCGACCGAAAAGCUGGCCCAGGAGCAGCCUGCGGUGGCGUCCUUCUUAGCGGGCAAGACCCUGGAGAACCGCCCCGCUCACGUGACCCUGGCGCACAAGGCGACUCACGGCAGCGCCGCAGUGGCGGGCUUCGGGCGGCUAGUCGGGACGAAGGUGGACGUGCGGCUCACGGCGUUCUACUUCAGCGACAAGCUGGCGGCUUGGGAGGCGGACUGGGAGCAGGAGCUCAAGGAGCGAGGGGUAGCCAGCCAAAAUGCGUUCUGGCACAUCACGACCUUCACGGGACACGGGAUGAAGGCCAAGGACGCGAAUCAGUUGCACUGUCUUGCAUCGGAAGGACAAGCGACAAAAGUGGAGUUGGGCACGCCCAUAUCCGUCGAGGGGACGGUCUGUUUAAUGUGAACCACAACCGAACCGUUAAAGAGUUGGGCACUAAGUAAGAGAAGGCUUUCCAACCUCACAAGGUGGAGCUUCAUACAGUUUAUGUCCCUGUUUUCGUUAUUUCAGGACUUUCAAGAGUCGUGUUCUUCUUCGUACGAUGUCUUGCUGGGUAGAGGCGACUUGACCGUCUUGUAUACCUCAAGGCGCUGCUCGAUGGUGGGCAGGGACCCUUCUUGCUCAUGCACGAGCUGUGCAACCGUACGACAUGGAUUACCCAGC